CACACCCGCGCGCGCCUUUUUUCUUACUUGCCCGCGCUCAAAGAAAGGCAUCAUCUACUGAUUGCGCUUCCGUCGUUUGCUUAUUUAUAGUAGACGCUAUGUAUGACCUGAGCGUACGCUGAUGCAAACUAUCCUACAUAGUCUUGUUUGUGGCACGUGUUCGAUAGACCAAUGGAAAUGUUUGGGCGGGUCCCAGAGACCAUGCAACAAUCCCCCUUGUCAGUACCCCCAACAAACUGCCUACAAAAUCCGUCUGGAUAGCUAUAACAGUGUUGUGGUAUCAAGGAAAAGCCAACAAACCAGAACGUCCGGACACUCUGGAAGCGUUUAUAGACAACUAACCUUGGGCGAUUCACUUUUUUUUUUUGCAUCUGAGACCGAGCUCACAAGGUUUAUUCGUAUACCCCUGACCUGUGACCCGUGACCCUUGACCUUCGCGCCAUGGCCCUGGAGAUGCUGAAGGGCUUUGGGAAGCAGCUGCUGAGGGUGAAGGUGGUGGACUGCAAUGCGGAGGGCUCCCGCCUGGCGCGCUGCCUGGGCACCUUCGACCUGAUCGCCCUGGGCGUGGGCAGCACGCUGGGCGCCGGCGUCUACGUGCUGGCGGGCGCCGUGGCGCGCGAGAACUCGGGCCCCGCCAUCGUGCUCUCCUUCCUCAUCGCCGCCCUGGCGUCCGUCCUGGCGGGCCUCUGCUACGCCGAGUUCGGCGCCCGCGUGCCCAGGACCGGCUCCGCCUACCUGUACAGCUACGUCACCGUGGGCGAGCUCUGGGCCUUCAUCACCGGCUGGAACCUCAUCCUCGCCUACAUCAUCGGAACGUCGAGCGUAGCACGGGCCUGGAGCGCCACCUUUGACGAGCUGAUCGGGAACCACAUCGGGGAGUUCUGCCGGGUCCACAUGGCCAUGAAGGUGCCCGGCAUCCUGGCGGAGUAUCCGGACAUGUUCGCUGUCGUCAUCAUCCUCAUCCUGACGGGCGUGCUCGCCUUCGGUGUGAAAGAGUCCGCCAUGGUCAACAAGGUGUUCACCUGCAUCAACGUGCUGGUGCUGCUGUUCGUGGUCGUCUCUGGCCUGGUGAAGGGCUCUCUCAAGAACUGGAACAUCGUGCCCGAGGAGAUCCUCAACGUCACCAACUCCUCCUCUGCCAACUUCUCACAGCUGCUGCCCUCGAAGGAGAGCCUGGGCGCUGGGGGGUUUGUUCCGUUCGGGUUCAGCGGGGUCCUGUCCGGGGCGGCCACCUGCUUCUACGCCUUCGUGGGCUUCGACUGCAUCGCCACCACGGGAGAGGAGGUGAAGAACCCGCAGAGGGCCAUCCCCAUCGGCAUCGUGGCGUCGCUGCUCAUCUGCUUCGUGGCGUACUUCGGCGUGUCGGCGGCGCUCACCGUCAUGAUGCCGUACUACCUGCUGGACAAGAACAGCCCCCUGCCCGUGGCCUUCAAGUACGUGGGCUGGGAGGGGGCCACCUACGCCGUGGCCGUGGGGUCCCUCUGCGCGCUCUCCACCAGCCUGCUGGGUUCCAUGUUCCCAAUGCCCAGGGUCAUCUGGGCCAUGGCGGAGGACGGCCUGCUCUUCAAAUUUUUGGCCAAAGUCAACACCAAAACCAAAACCCCCAUAAUCGCUACGCUAACCGCAGGCAUUGUGGCAGCGAUCAUGGCUUUCCUGUUUGACCUGAAGGAUCUGGUUGACCUGAUGUCUAUCGGCACGCUGCUUGCUUACACCUUGGUGGCCGCCUGUGUACUUGUUCUCAGGUACCAGCCGGAACAGCCCAACUCGGUGUACCAGAUGGCCAACAUGCAGGACGACUGCGAGAUGAACGAGUCCGUGAGCAACACCAGCGUGGGCAUCCUGCCCGACGUGGAGGAACAGUUCACAUUGGGCGUCGUGCUCUACCCCCCCAACCCGGACCCUUCGGCCAUCUCCGGCUUCAUAGUCAACGUGUGCACCAGCCUGCUGGGGUUCCUGAUAUUCCUGUUCUGUGUGGUGGCGGUCCAGGGUGGGAUGGCGGCUUGGUCCUUGACAGUGCUAGUCAUCUUGGCUGUGGGCUGUCUGGCGAUCACCAUGGUCAUUUGGAGGCAGCCUGAGAGCAAAGCCAAGCUGUCAUUCAAGGUCCCUCUCCUGCCCUUCCUACCCGUGGCCAGCAUGUUCAUUAAUGUGUACCUGAUGAUGCAGCUGGACAGAGGCACCUGGAUACGUUUCGCCUUCUGGAUGGUCAUAGGGUUCGUCAUCUACUUCACCUACGGCAUUCGAAACAGCGCGGAGGGCGCGGCCGACUCCGACGGCAGCGAGGACAAGCCCCCCCACACGCCCAACGUGGAGGCCACGCUUCCUGAAAAAGAGGCCUUCCUUAGCAACGGCGUGGAGGCCAGAGAAGAGGAAUAGUGCGCCCCUUAAGAAUCUGGGGCGAAGGGACGACACGACACCCCCCGAUGUCUGGCCUUUUAAAUUUACACUCGUAAGACGGUUUAAAAAUAUUGUGCACAUCAAAAAGGGACCUUGCCCAAGUGAACUUGAAUUGUGGGCCACAACGAACCUUCAACCUACCUGCCAAAGCGGGCUCUUCGGGAACUGGUGGCCACUACCUUGCCUGUACACUCUCGUAACAUCAAAAGUUUUUUUCUUAUGUUGAUCAUUUAUUUCAGAAGUUGUGAAAACCAAAGAAAAUGCAUUUGGGUCAGUGGAUGCCACGUACAACAGCAGAAAAUCGAACUGCAGUUUGUUUUACGCACGCAUCCAAUGUAAGCACUGUCCAUCCGUGUUUUGAAGUGCUUCCCAAAUGCUGGGUUUGUAAGUUAGCGCUUCGCGGCUUCGGGUGUUCCUCCUGUCAAACCGCUUGCUUUCGGCUUUGCAGCCAGUCGUCCUACAGUACCGCAGAUGUGCGUUCGUCAUCUGCACUGACUUUGACCGGGGACAACAGUUCAAACAGUCCAAGUUGGUCUUGGAUAUCAGGUCAAUAUUGUUAGGGGUGGAAAAUCCACGUUCGGAAAGUCCAAUCACCUUGAAUUCUUUAGCCAGGCUAUGGAACUAAUUGCUGAAAUCAGCUGGCUGAGUUCAUGGAUGGAAGAAACGCUACAGUUUCUACGGCUACAAUUUUUUACCUUCUGACUCCUGAACUUUCCACCUCCGAAUAUUGUUGAUGAAAUCAGUGGGCAGCAAUGCUAAGUGCCGGUACAGCCUCUCAUCUCUGAAGAUGUAUGUUUAAAUGUAAUGGUGAAGUUCUCAUUCAGUGUAAUGUUAACCUUCAGGUGCUUGACAUUCUACAUCCAGAUGAUGGAAGUGCGAGAGGUGACCUUGCGUGCCAGGGUCAUCAGCUUUAAAGACUUUCCCUGUGGUCUCUUGCCGGUUGAUUUCAUCAUUCAUUUUUAUUUUUUUUCCUUAAAUGGUAACAAGUGGUAUAAAGUUCUUCUCAUUUUAAAAAGGGAGUUUAAUAUAAGCGUAGGUCUCGCACAUUACUAUGAAAUUUCUUGUAUUCUAUACUUCUUUUGUUCCUCCAGCAUUACCACAUUUUUACAUUUCUCUCUAAAUAUGAUUAUAAAUUUAUAAUCAGUGACGAGGGAAUGCGCAGCAGCUCCAGAUACUGUCUCUCUGUCCUUGCGUAUGCUUUCAGAUGGGAGUUGGCUGCUUUUUAAAAAAAAUUUUUAAAAUGAACUUUUUUUUGGUCCUUCACUACAUUGAACUGGGGGGACACUGAAGUGGAUUUGACAGUAAAUUCACAACUCCACAAUUUUAAAAUCCUAAAAUUAAGCCUUUUAAUUCAGUUUUGUACAUCUGUGCCAUAUACAAAAAAUCCAAAGUGGUGUGUGAAAUGAAGUUACCAAAAUGGGCAUGCUCGUGUGCUAGUGAGCUUUUCACUAGAUCCGUAGGGAGAAUUGAAUGCAUUUCAUGUGCCAUGAAAUAUUUAGUGUUUUUCAUUGUAUAAAUGUACAAUGCUUUGUACAGUCUUGUUGUAAAUAAUAAUCUGUAUAUUUUUAUGAUAAAUUAUUGAAUUGCAGAUCCUAUUUUAAAGAGCCGUGGUUUGUGCAUAUACUUUGCACAGAAAUCUUGUGCAGUGGGGUCAGGAUCUCAGAUCGAUGGUGUGUAGCUACAGUUGUUGUCUGUCUCUGGAAGGGCGUGUGGCUAAGUGCUGUUACUUUAUUUGGUGUGCAGAAGUAUUUCUUUCGGUAUGAAACGUGAAAUCGUUGCCUUCCUUGUAUGGGACUGAAGCCUGGGGCUAGCAAAGGCUUUGCUCGUUGCACUAAUUCAAGGCUUUGCGCCAACUGCAUUUUCUGAAGAGGUCUGUUCGAAGUAUGCAGUGUCAUUACGUUCACCCGGGUACAGUUAGACAAGUCUGCUUGUCGGGAUCUUUGGGUGUAUACAAUUUUAGCUGUGCCUUGAAUGUACCAAAUGAGCACAAUAUAUUUCUGUGGCAGAAGAGGUUAACAGGUACUUGUCUUUGUCCAUGUGAUUUUUCUGUCCAUUUUUGCUUUCUGUUCUUGAUGGGGUUUGGGGGGGAAUUGAGUUGAUGUUCACACUGCUUCCAAAAUGCUGUUACUCUGGAGUGGUGUGUUAACAGUACCACUAGAUUGUGCGCAAGUGCAUAACCGAGGGAUGAGUCAAGCUUUCUGCAGCUAAGCCUGCGUUAACAUCUUUACAGGGCCAUUUAACCUGUGUGUGAGUAUUAUUGGGACCUUGGGAGAUCAGAUCUACAUUCACUGUAAAUUGCGUUUCCUUUUUUACAGUAAAAAUGGAUUUAAAUCAUUGUGCCGAGGGCCCUAAAACCACAGGCCCUACAACUUCAGGCGGCUCCUUGGCUCCAAAAAUCCGAUCUGUGUGCGUUACGUUUUACUUUCGUUACAGGAAUGUCUGCUAUGUGCAUUCGGCCCAUCAGUGCGGUGCAAGUUAGUACACGUGUGUACACACCCACUUUUGGAAGGUCACGCAUUUCAUCUGAAAUACAGUAUGUAGUCUUCCCAGUUUGUGCAUAUGUAUCAUGUACGUGUGCCUUUGUGUGGACAUUUUCCCUUGAAGUGGUUUUAUUAAUUUAAUUGAAAACAUUUACUGCUGGGUCCUGCAUUUGCUGCUGUUAAUAAAUGCUUGUCAAAAUUUGAAAUAAAUUGUUAAUUUUCCCAUAA